AUGGACACAGCCAUUGACCUCUCCGAUGCCACCAAGGCAUUGGACCUUGCCAACAUCCGUUUCCAGCUAAUUCGCCUGGAGGACACAAUCACCUUCCACCUGAUCGAACGAGUGCAGUUCCCGCUCAACAAGACCAUCUACGCCCCCGGCGGUGUGAAGAUCCCUAACAGCAAAUUCAGUCUCCUGGACUACCUCCUCCGCGAACAGGAGCGGAUACAAUCGCGUGUGCGCCGCUUCCAAUCACCCGACGAAUACCCUUUCUUCCCGGAUGUGCUGGAAGAACCGAUCCUGCAGCCGCUGGAGUACCCGCGCAUCCUGCACGAGAACGAUGUCUGCGUGAACGACGUCAUCAAGGAGCGGUACAUUAACGAGGUCUUGCCGGCCGUGUGCCCGCAGUUUGGACGGGAGGACCGCGGUGAGACCCAGGAGAACUACGGGUCUUCGGCGACGUGCGACGUUGCUUGUUUGCAGGCGCUGUCGCGUCGCAUUCAUUUUGGAAAGUUCGUUGCUGAGUCGAAGUUCCAGAAGGACCCUGAGACUUUUGUGCGAUUGAUUAAGGCAGAGGACCGUAAGGGUAUCGAUGAAGCUAUUACCAACGCUGCUGUUGAGCUGAAGGUUCUUGAGCGCUUGAGUCUUAAGGCUAAGACCUACGGUACUGAUCCUGCUUUCCCUGAUGAGAAGGGGCAGAAGAUCAACAGCGCCGCCCUCGUUGCUAUUUACAAGGAAUGUGUCAUCCCGUUGACCAAGAUUGUUGAGGUCGAGUACCUCAUGCAGCGCCUCAAGGGAACCCAAUGGGAGUAA